AUGGUGCUUACUUUCAGAUCAUGGCCAUUCUCAGCUCGUUCCGAUUUUAUGCUGCCAACCGAACUCUCAGCCUAUCCAACGGUUGUCCUUCUCCUUUUCAACAAAUCACGCAAUUGGACAGUCGAACAAAUUCAAGCUGAAACACAAAUCAAGACUGAAUUGUUGUUACCAGUCCUAUUAAGUAAGAAGAUUCGAAUCAGCCUGAAUGUACCACUAAAGUUGAUCGAAAAAAUAGAUAAUGACGAUAUUCAUCGGACAAUUAAUGAAGAUCGACAAGUCGUCAUUAGGACAGCUAUUGUUCGAACGAUGAAAGCACGUCAAACAUUGAAACAUGCGCUAAUCGUGCAAGAAGUGAUUGAACAAUUGAAAUCUCGUUUCAAGCCUCAGGUUCCUGUGAUCAAGACAACCUAUUUGAUUCCAGGUAAAGCACGAUGUAUCUUUGAGUAUCGAUGGAUAUUAUCGACGAAUCCUACAUCGACUAAUUAUCAAAAAAUUGAAAAAAACUUUUUCGUAAAACGUGGUAAAAAAUCCAAACGACAACAUGAUAUUCAACAACAAGUGGGAUCAAAUGCUUUUAUUAAACCACGAUGGCGAACUAUUUGGGAAAAAUGUCCAACAAAUACCGUUUGUAGUGCAUGUCUAACACCAUGUGAUCUCGAUCCACCGCUACUACAAAAUGCAGACAGUUGCAAAGCAAUAUGCUCGCAAAAUAUUGAUUGUAUACAAAGUUGUUCAUUUAUACAAUAUGUUUAUCAACAACAAAAGCAAAAUUUUGAUUGUACAACAGGUGAUGAUCAAAUAUAUAUGACUAAUAGUUGUGCCUGUCAAUUUAUGCCAAGUAAUGUCACAGCAGUCGAGAGAAAAAGUCGUAAAACUGUCAGACUGAAAUGGUAUCAUGUCCAUAAUGAAACAGAGCCCAUUUUCUAUGUUAUUGAAGCACAAUGGAGUUUGAGUAUAAAACAACCAUUUUCAACUGAAGUAUCAAAAUGGGGAUUUGUAAAAGAAGAAGUAUCUCAUAAUAAAGCCAUAAUAAGAAAUAUUCAACGUGGUCGAUGGUAUAGUUUUCGCAUUGCUGCUGUUACACGUCAUGGUUAUUCAGCAUUCUCACAACGCACAACACCGUUUCGAUUGACCGCUGAACCAAAAAGUCAGUCACCUACAAAUUUAACGUUAAAAGAUCCGGUGUUGAACAGUGACGGAUCGUACAACGUUACACUAACGUGGAUGCAACAAUCUCAGAAUGAUUUACCCAUUAGUGGUUAUAAGAUUUCAUGGAAAUCGGUUUCUAAUGUUGAACAAUCUAUAGAUGAUGGAGUAUUGAUUAAUCUGGAGUUAUCAACUAUACCCUUCUACGAAUAUACAGUGCCAUAUUUGAAUCCCAAAACCGUCUACCGUUUUAAUAUUCGUUCUGUGACAUCAUAUGGUGUACAGACUGACACUGGUGCCACAAUAACAUAUCAAAUGAGUUAUCCAACGGUGUCACCUAUUACUACUACUCUCUUAUCAUCAAAAAGUAUUUCAUUCUUAUCUGAUUCUCCACUUCGCUAUCAACGUCAUCGUGAAUACGUGGUUAUAAGCGAUUUAAAAAUAUCUGAAGCAUUUUUUAUCAAUGGUCUUUUAAAAGCAAACGUUUCUUGGAUAAUAAAUGAUAAACAAAAUGAUCCUUUACAAAUUCAACAAUUUGAUUUAUAUUGGCUAGAAGUAAGUUGUGCAAACGAUGUAUCAUGUUGUUAUCGCCGUGAUGCCGCUACCAUACAAAAUCAAUUUCAAAUAUAUGAUCUAAGAUUUAAUUGUACCUAUGCAUUAAAUGUUUAUCCAAUAUUAAAUGAAAUUGGUAAAGAGGGUAACCGAUUAUCUCAACGAUUCAAUGUACCAAGUUGUGCAAAUAUAAUGGUGUUGGAUGGUACACGUUCACCAUGUCAAAAGAUGACAAAUUUAAAAACAAAGUAUCCUGGCAUAACCUACGUGUCUAGUCAAACCGGACCGAAUACCAUUGAUAUUCAUUUGCGAUGGAAUACAAAAAUUAAUAAAAUUCAAUUAACUGGUUAUCGAUUGAGAAUUGAACAAUUGGAUAAUCAUAAAGAAAUAUUAGUCGUUGACUUAUCUCCAAAAACAUCCAAAUAUUAUUAUCCAUCUUUACGUCCAAAUACUCUCUAUAAUAUAACAUUAAGUUCAAUUAAAAAUCAUAAAUAUAUUAUUUCACAACAAUCAAUUAUUUUUGAUGGAUAUCAAUCUCUAAAUAAUUCAAUAAAUACUGCAAACUAUGGUCAUUAUAUAUUAAAUACAGAUUUGACACUAUUAUCAUCGAACUCAAAUAUUUUGCACAUAUCACAUUUUAGUCUUAUAAUAACAGCAAUAAUAUUUCUCAUAUCGAUCGUCUAUGAAGUUUAUUCUUGA